GCUAGAUGAGGUAGUGGAAUGACCUGAAGCCAGUCAAGGGUUAGGAAAGCCAAGCUGAAAACGGGGAGGCGAUGAUGCAGCAUGCUUAUUAGAGCGUGGACCAGGCCAAGGCCCUGAGGGUUCAACCUAGUGCCAGGACGCGGCCUGUAUCCGAUAGGAACGCGUGUGCGGGGCAUGUCCUGGCAUGUCCCGACAAGAUCAGACCCGUCACUCCGUCAUGCAUUCAAAUUCAUUCCACCAACACAUCCAAAACGGCAAACGCGGAACGGCCGCUGCGCCUAGGGUCGACAUCUGCCAGCCCUGGUCUGAAUUUGCCUCCUCGUGGCGGUGCUCACCCGCAGCCGCUUGCUUGUCCCGAUACCCUCCGAUGUUGAAACCGCUAACUUACUGGUAGCCCGGCGGUCGCACCGCUUAGAUAGUAGUACCCCGUAGUUAGCUUACCACCUCAGAUAUACUCCUUAUCGAACCAGGAGUAGAGCUGAGACGUCGACCGCUGGCUGGCUUCCAAGGCGACGUACCUCUUGCUGCCCAAACGGCCUUUAGAUACGCCGUCUCGUCUCCCACAAACUUCGCGAGAGCUGCCAGGUAGUAUGUACGCACCAAGGUUACCCGAGUCGAAGGUUGUAAAGGGUCCACACGUAAACUCGGCAGGUGACCAACACAUCAGGCCAGCAGCAUGGUGUUGCGGAGUGUUGCGGAGGCCUGGUAAUCCGAUAGUAUCGAGUUCACCAGAGAUUGACCGCCUCGAGCCUGAGCAUGAUGGCGAUCCGUGGCACACCCGCGCGCGGGUGGCGGAGUAUCCGAUCAACGGGAGCAUAAUGAGGCAUAAUGACACCAUCCAUGACAGACAC